CUUCCAUGGUGAGACCAGCACAGAGUCUUCCACUCACCUUCCCAUCCUUCAUUUUUUAAGGCAAGCAAGCGAAAAAGUACUUUAUAUUUUGUGCUUUUUCCAUAUAGUGUACUUUUGGUGAAGAAUGUUAUACUCUCAUGAGUUGCCCCGCUCCUCUAAAUUGGUUCGAGUGGCUGAUAGCUGCUUAUCGCUCCUGUCCAGUCAUCUUAGUCCCUGGCUUCUUUUUUGGCUUGCUCCUCUGUUGUCCCUGACUCAAAUCCCUAAACUUAAUGAAUGAAGGACGGGUCUCCGCUUCUUACCCGAUGGUUGAGAUGGAACUGCUGGAACCAAAGAAAGGAGCUGUCUUUCUUUCAGAUAGGUUCAUCAAUGCCGGAACGAGCGCUGUAAGAGUACUUCCCGCUCGAGCAGCCUCACUAAUAGAACUAUGGUUGAGUGGCAUGGAGCUGCUUGAACACAAGAAAGUAUGGCGCUCACUCCUCUCAGGACAAGCUACUGACUUUCUUUCGCCUUGCAACUCGGCUCUGAGCCCGAGGCCUUUAGCUGCUCUUCUGUCUUGCCUUGUCAUUCCGAGACAGGAGUUGAGAGGAGAUUUCAGCAAUGAGGCAAGCAAAGUGAAAGGUUUUCCAGCGAUAUGCCGCAGGCUAGGAUUCCAGGUGGAGGUCUUUGUCCCAGAAGAAAGGACAGGUGCGAAGCGGAAGAGAAUGACAUGAGAAAGCAGAGACAGACAAAGAACGAAAAGAGUCGAUAUUCCGCAUAAUGUUGGGACGUGGGAAGAAUAGGGCUUCUUCUUUGAACUAGAACCUAGUAUAAAGUUAUUGGCUGCCUAGUUGUAGGCUUCCUCCUUCAUCUCAUCUCUUAGGAAUAAAAGGAACGAUCAGAUGCAUGCGAUGAGGCCCAUUGUAGAAUAAAAUAAGAGUCUAUUU